AAUUAAAAAAGUUGAAUCAAUUGACAGGCAGAUAAAUGAAGCUUUAAAAAAAGAAAUUAAUGAUAACAGAGAUCGUCUCCGUCCAAUUAUUAAAACAAUUUUAUUUUGCGGAAAUCAAGAAAUUUCGUUAAGAGGGCAUAGAGAUUCGGGAGUUAUUGAUCUAAAUGAACAUGCUAGUACAGAAUAUCAGGGAAAUUUCAGAGAGCUAAUUAAAUUUCGAAUUGAUUCUGGUGACAAUGUGCUUAAAAAUCAUUUAGAAACUACCAAUAAAAAUGCCACCUAUCUAAGUCCAUUGAUCCAAAACGAAAUAAUAUCAAUCUGCAAUAAAUUAAUUCUAGAACAUUUGGUAGCUAAUGUUAAUAAAUCUAAAUCGUUCACCAUAUUGGCUGAUGAAACGACAGAUGUUUCUAACAAAGAACAAAUGACAUUAUGUGUUCGUUAUGUCGAUUUUAAUGCAAAUAAAAUUAGAGAAGACUUCUUACAAUUUAUCGAAAUUCAAAAUAUGUCAGGAAAAGGAUUAUCUGAUGUUAUAUUGAAAAUUAUUACUGACUUCGGACUAAAUACUAAAUAUUUAACUGGGCAAGGGUACGUCGGAGCUGCAGCAAUGAGUGGCAGAUAUAAUUGCGUACAAAAAUUUAUUCGCGAUGAACAUCCUAGUGCAUUUUAUUUACAUUGUUUAAAUUUAGCAAUAACUUUUAGCUGUAAAGUCCCAGAAAUAAGAAAUUGUAUGGGUACUAUACAAAGUGUAAGUACUUUUUUCGGUUAUCCAAAAACGCAAAGUAUUUUGCAAUUAUCAAUAGUAGAAAUAUUUCCACAGACCAAUCGUUUUAAACCAAAAAAUUUAUGUGCAACUCGAUGGGUCGAUCGCCAUGAUGCAGUUAUAUUAUUUGAAGAACUUCAACCAGCCAUUUUACAUGCACUAGAUAAAAUAACACUUUGGCCAGAUUCUGACACUUCUAGUUCUGCAAGUCAUCUACUUACUGCGAUAAGACAGUUAAAAUUUCAAACAGCUUUAGCUAUUUUAGUGAAAAUACUUUCCAUACGUUUUCCUCUCAGCCAAUAUCUUCAAACAGUAAAUCUUGAUCUAAAAACUGCACUAGAAGCUGCAUCUAAUGUUCAAAAUACUAUUCAGGAAAUUAGAGAAAAUUGUGAUGUAGAUUUGCCACGUCAAUGUAAAUCGGAUAAUCCAGAAUACUUUUUGAGAGUCUCAGUAUUCAUACCUUUUAUAGAUAAUUUUCUAGACCAAUUGAACGAUAGAUUUAUAUCACACAAGAUUGUCUUGAAUAAUUUUGAUUGUAUUUUAUCCAAGAUAGAAAUGAAAAUAUCUGAAGAGAUAAAAGGUAAAUUCAAACAAUUAGUAGAAACAUAUCAAGAUAUAGUUGAUAAAUGUACCGAUUCAAAUCUAAAUGAUAAUUUAUUAAACGGAGAAUUAGAUUUGUGGUACACUAAAUAUUCAACUUUAACAUCUGCUGAACUCAAGAACAAAAAUGCUAUUGAAGUAUACUUCCAAACCUGUCCAGAUGUUUAUCCAAUAAUAUCUAAGCUUCUUCAAAUAUUUAUUACACUUCCAAUAUCUACUGCCACAGGAGAACGAUCGUUUUCAACACUCCGUCGUUUGAAAACUUAUUUGAGAAAUUCUUCUGGACAAAUACGUUUAAAUGGUUUAGCCUUACUUAAUAUUCAUCGUGAUAUUAACGUGGAUAUUAAUGAUCCCAACCUACUGCUGUGGCUGGCAGCAAAUGAGGUAGCAGGGGUGGGUCAUCCCUGGCCGGGUGAAGUGGUGAGUGGCGGUGGCGGUGGUGGUGGUGGUGGUGGCAGUGGUAUUAGCUGA